GGGGCGCCCCAUGGUACCGUCGUCGUCGUCGCCGCCGCCGUCGCACGUCCCGGCGAUGAGCGCCUCCGCGGGCAAAGGGGGCCCGCACCACCAGGAGCACAUCAAGCGGCCGAUGAACGCCUUCAUGGUGUGGUCGCGCGGCCAGCGGCGCAAGAUGGCGCAGGAGAACCCCAAGAUGCACAACUCGGAGAUCUCCAAGAGGCUGGGCGCCGAGUGGAAGCUGCUGACUGAGUCGGAGAAGCGGCCGUUCAUCGACGAGGCCAAGAGACUCAGGGCGCUGCACAUGAAGGAGCACCCCGACUACAAGUACCGACCGCGCCGGAAGCCCAAGUCGCUGCUCAAGAAGGAGCCCAAGUUCGGCUUCUCGCUGGGGCUGGAGCCGCUGCCUCGCUCCCUGCUGCCGCCGCCGCCGCCCCCGCAGCUGUUCGGAGACCCGCACGACCUCAAGUUCCCGCGCUCCUUGUUCCCGCCCCUGCCCUACCCGCUCUACCCGCUGCACGAGCUGGCCGGCAAGGCCGCCGCCGACCUGGCGCUGCACGCGCUCUACUCCUCCGCCCCCGGCCUCUACCCGGGCUGCUGGCCGGGCUGCUGCCCCCCGCCGCCGCCGCCGCCCCACCGGCCCGCCGGCUCGCCGCCCCCCGACCUCAAGCGGCCCGUCGCCUACCUGCUCGUCAAGCCGCCGCCCCCGGAGGAGCGGCACGUCAUCUGAAGGCCGCUGCCGGUUCUCCCGCGGGGGAACCCGGGCUGGUGGGGCGGGCCGCCCCCGGCCACCUCCACUACCGCCGCCGCCGCCGUCGCUACCUCAGACGACAGGCCUGGCUCGGACAGCGACCAGUGAGUGGUGGUCGCCGCCCCCGGAGGAGCGACACGUCAUCUGAAGGCCGCCCCCGGCCACCGCCGCCGCCGCCGCCGCUACCGCCGCCGCCACCUCGGACGACAGGAGACAUCUCGGAAGACUCUCUCUCCAGUGCGGCGUCAAAGACUGUGUCUGGUGAACUCCGGAGAGACUUUGGAAGCACCAGGCGAUGUCAGAUCUCGGAGUUACGUUCACACCGCGUAGUUGAAGUAGCCCCGCUGACUGUGUAGGUACGGGUGCUAGCAAGCAUUGUAACAUUUUUGUUGUAAAUGUGAACUGAAGAAAAAAAAAAUAAUCACGUGAA